ACACAUCCAUGGGUACACCAAAGCGACCAAUUGUGAAAGGGGCUUAAGGCUGAGUGUGUGUAUACGUGUGUAUACACCAUAUCUGAAUGGAUUGUCAAAUAUAUGCCAAAGGUCACCGUUCGGAUAUACGAGAGUCCAAAAGUCAUACGAGGAAGAUCUGUUGAGUAAUAUAAGCCCUACAGACAAGUAAUUAAUCUCUUUGACUUGUAAAUUGUACGUUUAAACAUCAAGUGUUACAGCUUCCGUCUGCAACGCGAAUUCGGUAAAGAUACUGGACUAUAAUGCUCACCAACUCUACAGGGCUUGAGGCCCUCACAUUACCAUGGGAAAUAGAGACGCUCUUUGACCCAUUACCAUGGCAACUGUGGAUGCGGCGGGAAGGGAUGGUUUUGUGGAUCGUCUGCACUGGAUGCUACCUUACCAUGAUUUUCCGUGGCGCCAAAGUUAUGGAGACGCGCGAAAAGCUCAACCUGCGAACGCCAUUGAUAGUUUGGAACUCACUCUUGUCAGUAUUCAGCAUGAUUUCAGCUUGGCGGCUUACAAUUGCUGCAUCGAAUCUAGUGUCAACGGAGGAGAUGUGGAAUUCACUGGUCUGUGGUCCGAACUACUACAAACGCGGAGGUCUUUCAGCAUUCUGGCUGUUGCUUUUCGCCUUCAGCAAAGUGGCGGAGUACGGCGACACUGUCUUCAUAGUCCUCAGGAAAUCAAAACUCAUACUUCUCCACUGGUUGCACCACAUCCUUACAUUUCUAGUCGGCUUUCAUACCUUCGCCUACAGCAACCCCACUCUCUUCAUCUCAGCUCUGAUGAACGUCUAUGUGCACUCGCUCAUGUACUCCUACUAUGUCCUUCGGAUUCUUGGUGUCCAAGUGCCAAAGAAGCUCUCCAUGAUCCUGACAACCAUUCAAAUCAUCCAACUCAUUAUUGGAACCUAUGUCCAGUUCUACGCAGCGUGGAUCUUUUUCCUUGGAGGACAUCCUUGCGAGUUGGACCUGUUUGGAGUGGUAGUUGGUUCUUUCGGGUAUGGCUUCAUUUGCCUGCUUUUUAUUGACUUCUUUGUGAAGUCGUAUAUCGUGAAAGGAACUCGACAAGAGCGAUCUCCACCUAAAACCGAAUCACGUAAAGAUCGGUAACCUAUACAUUGAGUGACUAAAAACACAAAACUAGGAUGAGAUCUGGAGAUAUAGUAACCUGUCUUUUCUUAGACUCCGAUCCUUUAAAAUCAGGGUUGUAAUCAAGUCAUGGCUCGAGUCACCCACCAGUCAGUAUUCAGUGACUCGAUCCCAUUGACCCGAUUGACAGUGACUCGACUUACUCAACUCGACUUGAACCCUUAAUUCAAAUGACUCGACUCGACCCAAAAUUUUGUGAAUCGUUACAACCUGUCUACAUAGUUUUGCAACACAUGCACCUCGAUGGCCCCUCAGAAUCCUACAAGGCCUAUGUCGCUCUAAUAGGAUGACUAAGUGUGACGUCACAGUCGCUCAUCCCAUGCAUAUGGCUACUGGUUCUUCUUGUCAUAAAUAUCUAUGAGUGCCAAUGUUGUCGACCUAUAAUCCACUGUAUGGUAUAUUACCUGUUGAUACGGGCGGAACCAGAGUAUUUUGAAUGGUGGGAGUUGGGGGAGGGUUAGAAAAAUUAUUACGUCUUCGAUCGACAGUCACAUGACCCGUACACUCUAAAAACAAAUCAGUCAAAAAUGACUAGUUAAUAGGGUCAGCUGGGUGCGACUGCUAUCCUAGUCAUAU